CUCACGUCUUCCUCUUAAAAAUUGGAUGCUUCUCUGAUGCCUUUGCAUGUCUAUGUCGAACCUGAAAGCUUGGGUAUUUGCUUCAUAUCUCCUCCUUUUUAAAGAACCGGAUGAAAUAAAACCCUAAAUUAAGAAAAUCCCAACUCUCUUUUUCACUAAAAUCCCUACAAAAUAGGUCUUGGAUAAAACUUUUGUAGCAAGGUAGGUUUCGAGGUUUACUCAUUAAUUAUGUUUUGGGGGUUCUUAGUCCAUAAGAUUUGUAUUUGUGUUGUUAGCUCUAACUUUCCCUCUAUGAAAGUUCAUGUUCGAAUCCAUAAGAUUCCUACUUUACCAGUUUAACGUGUUUCUUUGCACUUGCUUGGAUUUUACAUGAAUAACCUUUCUUGUUUGGUAAGAUUCCUCUUCGUUUCGUGCAGAGAAAAUGGAUCUAUUAAGCAAUCUACCAUACGAGCUUCUUUGCCAUAUAUUGUCCUUCCUUACAACAAAAGAGGCUGCUUUGACAUCGGUUCUGUCAAAGAGGUGGCGCAAUCUAAUUGCAUUUGUCCCUAAUGUUGAUAUUGUGGACCAUGAUAUUCGAGAGCUUUUCAUGGAUUUUGUUGAUAGAGUAUUGGCAUUGCAGGGUAACUCUCCCAUUAACAAAUUUUCCCUCGAUUGUUCCGGUGUUGAUUCGGAUAGAGUGGAUUGUUGGAUACAGAAUGUGAUGGUGCGUGGUGUUUCCGAGCUUAAUUUAUCAAUCUUUGUGGAUUCGGUUUUCGAAGAUGACUAUAAUCUCUUUCCAAAAGUGUUUGAGAACAAAAAACUAGUUAAGCUCGGAUUAAGUUAUAUUUCUUGGUUGGAUGGGAGCAUUUUCUUACCAAUGCUUAAAACACUCGUUCUUGAAUCAGUUUUGUUAUCUGUUGAGAAGUUUGAGAUUCUUCUUCAUGCUUUGCCUGCGCUUGAGGAAUUAGUCAUGAAUAAUAUAUACUGGAAAGAGCGGGAUGUUGUCGAUUUGAUUGUUUCAAGUGAAAGCCUCAAGACCCUAACAAUAAACUUCAUCGUUUGUACACAUACUUUGUCAUUUGAUACACCUAUUCUUGCUUACCUAUCUUACUCUGGUUAUGUCGUGGACGAUUAUGCCGAAGCUAAAAUGGAAAACUUGUUUGAGGCUCGAAUCAGCCUUCUUGUAGUUGAAGGCGAUAUCAGCCGAGUAAGAGCGCUAAUAAACAAUGAUUUGUUAGAGGAUGAUGAGUACGAUGUUCUCCAAUUUGAAAAUGUGUGGAAGCUAAUGAAUGGUAUUCGAAAUAUUCGGUGUCUCUAUUUGUCUCCUAAUACUCUUGAGGUGCUUUCUCUAUGCUGUGAAUCGAUGCCAGUGUUCAAAAACCUCAAAUCUUUGUCUAUCAAGAGUGCCGAGAAUCGAGGAUGGCAAGCAAUGCCAGUUCUUCUAAGGAACUGUCCGCAUUUAGAAACUCUAGUCCUUGAGGGUCUAUUGCACCAUGUAACAGAUAAAUGUGGGGAUGCUUGUGACUGUGUUUCCCGAGAAGACAAAGGUCGUUCACUCACAUCGUGUCCAGUAAAAGUGUUGGAGAUUAAAGGGUUCCAAGGAACAACCAAAGAGAUGAACAUGAUAAAACAUUUCUUGGAAUAUUUUCCGUGUUUGAAAGAGCUAAAAAUGUAUAUGGAAGAGAAUGAUCCUGCACAGCUCAGAGUCCCUGAAGUUAUCACGGGGGAGAUGAUGGAACGCUACAAAAAGUCAUCAAGUUGCAAUGUCCAGCUCCUAGUAGGUGGUAAGUUGUAUAAGAAGUGGACUCCAUGA